AACCGGAUGUCGUCUUUAAGGUGUCAUCCGGAACAGACGAAAUCUGAUCAAAAACUUUGACGCCUAAGUGGUGAAGUCUCGUGAAAUGGCAGCUCCAGGCAAACCGAAGGGCCUCCAGGGCCUCCUCGGGGGCAUCUCCAUCAAGCCCCUGACCCAGGAGAAUCUGUUGUACCACUAUGCCCCCAUGGCUGGAGCGGCGAGCUACACAACUCUGUCUAUCAGCCUGUCCAACCCGAAUAUGUUGAGAAGGCUCUUUCCUACAAGGGACAUUACCAACGGAUUGCUUCUUACAUCUAUCGCUGGCACUGCACUUUACAUUUAUAAGCGCCCUCAUCUUGAAAAACUCUCUAAUCAGAUGAGGAUUACUUAUUGCAUAUACGGAGCCAGUAUGUUGAGUUUGAGCUCUAUCCUAAUCUGGUCCAUCUUAAGAUAUUAUCUGCCUGAUAACUGUGUUGUCCACACUGCGACUGGAGUUGCAACAAGCAUCGGACUACUGAUUUUGGGCAAGGAUUAUUUGGACUUAGUUGACAAGAAGUAAUGUAUAUAUCUACUGUUAUGUUUUGUCAGCAACACACUGUGGCUGGAACUUCCAAAUUGAUUUGGUUUAAUGAUACCUCAUAUAAUUGAAAAAUGCCACCUAUAGCUGGAUGAACAAUAUUGCACCAGAGCUAUGACUUAAAUUUCAACUGGUGUGUUGCAUUGCAGUUUAUGAACUAGUCGAGGAAAUUGUCAGAUCACUAAACUAUUUUGUUAAAUAAUUCUGUGUUUUGUGAUGAAUGUGUCUGUGGAUUAGGAGCUAGGAGGGGCCUUGUGUCAUCAAAGCAAACUUGAUUGUCUUGUUUUGUUGUUUUUUUUUACCAAAAAAAGGAAGAAAGUUUACAUACA